GUUUCUUAAUCUAUUGUGUAGCUGGAAAAAGUAAAACUUCAGCGAAAAAAGAACCCAAUAUAAGAAACAUGAAAAUAAUUUAUCAAUUAACAGUGGAAGUACUUUUUGUUUUGUCGAUAGCUUUCGGAAAAAGGUCAGGUGACGUAUAUGUACUUUUCACAGACAGUUCUGCCAAAGAAAUAUGGAAACUGGAUGUUAGCAAUUCCAGCUACUCCAAUAUUGGGAUAGAAAAUCACGAAAACCCCAUCGCCAUCGACUAUGACCCAGUGAUGAACAAAAUAUAUUGGACAGACGUCGGUGGACCGGAUAUCAGAACGUGCGGCUUCAAUGGGGAAGAUUUAAGAUUAGUGCGAACACUAAAGCCAGAUUUACAACCUUAUGGCCUAACGCUGGAUCCAGUCUCAAGACUGAUAUUCUACACCGACACAGGAAAUGACGUCAUCGCUCUGAUGGACAUGACCGACUACUACCACAAGACAAUAAUUAAUACAAACUUAGACGAGCCUCGAGGAAUAGCGCUUGACAGAACACAGAGAAUGAUGUACUGGACAGACCGGGGAGCAAGUCCAAAGAUAGAGAGAGCAACAUAUUCAGGAGAAAGCAGAACGACGCUGGUUUCUGCCGGGCUGGGAUGGCCAAACGGAAUAACGCUAGACACUCAAGGACAAAAGAUGUAUUGGUGCGACGCAAAAACCCAAGUAAUUGAAGUUAUGAAUUUUGAUGGCUAUAACAGACGACGAAUGGUUCACGGUGAAAGAUUCCAACCUUUCGACGUAUUUCUCUUUGAGCAGAUCAUAUACACCACAGAAUGGAAUAGAACGAGAAUAUAUCACAUAUAUCUGGAUGGAAGGAAUGUCACUUCGUGGGACGGACGCCGUUUUAAACGUCUUAAUGGCAUACACGUUUUUAGAGCCGGCGCCUUUCAAAAUGAUACGAAUGCCUGUACAACUGACAAAGGUGGCUGUGAACAGAUCUGCAUACCGACUUCUGGGGGAAGACAAUGCGCAUGUGAUGAUGGCUACACACUCACAACAAACGGACUGAACUGCACGGAUGUUGGCAGAUCGGAGACACCGUCAUUUCCUAUCAGCAUACCAAUAGUGGGAGCGGCAGCAAGCGGUGUUGUAGUUGUCAUAGUCAUCAUCAUCAUCGUUGUCGUGGUUGUAGUUAAACGCCGAAGAACAAAGAAAUCGGACUCCGACUAUGAUGAGUUGAAUCGAAAUCAACCAGUAGCGAACAGAGAACCAGUCUUCAACAUAGCCUAUGGACUAGAUGACGACUCCAGAAAUGACUCUCCUCAACGACCCACUUGCACCAACGAGGGUGAUGUCCAUGGACCCUAUAGUAAACUGGGGGCCGCUGGUGCACAACCACAAGAAGAGGUGUAUGACGUCAUUGGCCCAGAACAUUUUGGAUCGCCCACGGAUCUAGAUUACAUUCAUCCUUUUCAUUACUAUACAGGAAAAUAAACUUGAAAAUAGUCGGUUAUAUCACCGAGUUCUUCCGCCCAAACCUUUGUUUUCCUUUCACGUGUUUUUAGAAAUAUUUUAGUGGUUUGUUGUACGGUUAUUCAUUGGUAAGUAAUUCAGCGGCGGUUACGGAUAUUGAGAGUGAGUAACAUCAAAACAGAGGGACUUUUUAUAAUCCUUGUUAUUUUUAGUAGCGAACAUUUUAAUUACAUUUAUUUGUUCAGUUUGUGACCAGAGAUUGAAAAUUAAUUUUGAUGGAAUGCGCGAAAUCAUACAAAUACAUUGUAGACGUGAUAAGUGAAUAAUACACACAAACGUCAUACUAACAUUGUAUCAGAUUCUUAAUCCUUAUUAGAAAAAAAAUAACUGUUCAUAUUAUGUAUACCUUCAAGACAAUUUCUUUUUAUUCAUUCAAUUGUCAGACAUAAUGUGGUUCAAGCGAGCAGAAUGUGCUCGAGAAGGUGUGGGGUCAUUCGAUAAUUACGUAACUCUCUGGAGGGAAUGGGGGAGACGGGAGAGUAAUUAUGGAACAUAGGAAUGGGUGUUUUUCAUGAUUUAGGUAACGUUUUCAGAAUUAUGUGUCAUUUUAUGCAUAACUUAAAUACCGACAGUUUGGCCAAUUUUUCUAUGACAUAUCACUUAUUUAGUUAUAGAUAUAACUUUAUUAAGUCCUGUGCAAGUUUGGGUUUUCUAAGCUAGUCUUAAGAGUGGCAGUCCUAAUGCGGUCGGUGUAGAGGGGAUGAAACAUGUUUUACGGAUCUCCUAUGGGAGUGGCGCUCCUUCAAAGGAUGAGCACCUGAUAGUGGAUCAUGGCAGCAAUCACCACUUUGCCUAACAUGCUUUCGAAUCUGCCUCGUGCCAUGAUAAUGGAGUACGGUUUUGUUGUUCAGAUUUAAUAAUACCAAAUAUUUUUGUUUAAUACAAACAGAACACUGUCACCAACGCUACAUGAAGAAACCCGACGCCCCUAUACGUCACCACAAUAAAGUACAGCACAAGUAUGAUACGUUGUAAAAACCUAAAGCAAUGAAGAAUUUCAACUUUUGCAUAGGAACGUUGGUUUUUUUCGUAUAGCGUUGGUACUGUAUAAGAAACAUGUAAGUUUAAUGUCAUGACAAGACUCAAGAAUAAUCAAACUAAAUGUGGCUUCAGAUUUAGGAAAACAUAUGUAUUUUAGACACAGUAGCUUGCGACCAUUUGGUUGUCGACGAUUGCCAAAGCAUUACCUAGAGUGUCCUCUAGCCUUCCCCUACAUAUCAAUAUCAAUAAGGGGAGAGCUAGAAGUGUCUCGAGCUAUAGAGAACAUUGAUUUAUUAAUCAUCGGCUAUUGGAUGUCAAAGAGAUUUGGGAUAUUUUAUAUGCACUUACCACGGCUUUUUAUAUACCAGUCGUGGUGAACUAGUUGGGACAGGGGAAAAACCCAAUCAGAGAAUGGGUCCUCCAAGGUGAUUCGAACCUACGACGCAAGCACCUCAGGUGAUUGAGCUGAAUCCCGCUCCUUCAAAAUGAAACAAUGGCAAUGGAACAAAGUACGAAUAGUCCCUUUAACAUUGUUGGUGUAUGGUAUACACAUUUUAAACACAGCAUCUAAUGGUAGUGUCAAAUGUGACGAGAUGGUAAUAAGUAAAAGGAUUCUGUUAAACAUUACAUCGAGUAAUUAUCAAGUGUAUUCAAUGUUUGUUAUUCCCAUGAUUUACAUUAACACAUUUCGUGUGUACUUUACUUACUUUAUUUAACUCGUUAAUAAAUGUUGUUUCAACUAAAUCA